AAUUUUAAUUUUUUUUUUUUUAAAUAGUGGAACAAUUUGAGUUGUAUCUAAGAUCUCCGAUCAAAUAUCUUCUCAAGGAAUGGAUUUUUCUUGCAACUUGUGAUACUGCACUGUCUAGUUGAAAAUCUUCAAAAAAGUAGAAUCUGCAGAGACAGAUGGAAACUGUGGCUCCAAAUUCUAUCAACAUAUCUCUAUCAGAUAAAGAAACUGGCUUAGUUGAUUCUGAUCCAGCGAAGCUUGAUGCUGGUGCACUGUUUGUUCUCAAAUCAAAAGGAUCAUGGCUACACUGUGGAUAUCAUUUGACAACAUCAAUAGUUGGUCCUGUGAUAUUUAGUCUUCCCUUUGCACUGAGCUUGUUAGGAUGGGGCCCUGGAAUUCUAUGCAUAACUCUUGCAGCUUUGGUGACUUUUUAUUCCUACAAUCUCUUGUCUGUGGUUCUGGAGCAUCAUGCACAACUCGGCAACCGUCAGCUUCGAUUCCGAGACAUGGCCGCUGACAUUCUAGGACAAGGAUGGGGCAAGUAUUUUGUGGGUCCACUACAAUUUGCAAUAUGCUAUGGUGCUGUCAUUGCCUCCACUCUUCUUGGAGGACAAAGCCUUAAGUUCAUUUAUAUUGUGUACAACCCUAAUGGAGAAAUGAAGCUGUAUCAGUUUAUAACUAUUUUUGGAGCAGCAACAUUAGUUUUGGCUCAAAUGCCAUCCUUUCACUCACUAAGGCAUAUUAAUCUUGUCUCUUUGAUCCUCUGCCUUGCUUAUAGUGCUCUUGUCACUGCUGGUUCCAUACAUAUAGGAAAUUCUGAAAAUGCACCUGAUAAGGAUUACUCCAUAAAUGGAUCUCAAGGAAAUAGAGCUCUUGGUGCUUUUAAUGCUAUUUCAAUCAUCUCUACAACAUAUGGAUGUGGAAUUAUCCCUGAAAUACAGGCAACAUUAGCAACUCCUGUGAAGGGGAAAAUGUUGAAGGGAUUAUGCAUAUGUUAUUCAGUGAUAGUGACCACAUUUUUCAGUGUUGCAAUCUCUGGUUAUUGGGCUUUUGGGAAUGAGGCUAAGGGGAUAAUUCUCACCAAUUUUGCUGGUGAUGAUGGCAACCCAUUGUUGCCUUCUUGGUUUUUCUUGAUAACCAAUAUUUUCACUCUCUUGCAACUCAUUGCUAUAAAUGUGAUUUACUUGCAACCAACAAAUGAAUUGUUCGAGAAAUGGUUUGCCAACACAAAGAUGGAUCAAUUCUCCAUUCGCAAUGUGGUGCCAAGGUUGAUCUUUCGUUCAUUAUCAGUUAUUAUAGCUACUUUUCUUGCUGCAAUGUUGCCUUUCUUUGGAGACAUCUUAGCACUGUUUGGAGCAUUUGGAAUCAUUCCUUUGGAUUUCAUUUUACCAAUGCUGUUCUACAAUGUAACUUUCAAACCAUCCAAACAAAGCCUUAUCUUCUGUAUCAACACAUCCAUAGCUACAGUCUCUUCAAUUUUAGUAGCUAUUGGGGGCGUUGCCUCAGUUAGACAGAUUGUUCUUGAUGCAAAGACAUAUAGCUUGUUUGCUAACAUGUAAACUUAAAUCCUAAUAUUAAAAAUCUAUCUCACAAUAUGUUUGGGAGAAAAUUUUUAGAGAUAGCAUGAGUUUUUAUAGUAAUAUUCACAUUUGAAAUGAAA